AUGUGGAUGCUGGCACUAGGUGUGGCUUUCCUGGCAGCUGCCCAGGCCUGUAUCUUCUGCCGCCUCCCAGACCAUGAGUUGUCAGACCGCCUGACUUGGCUCUGCAGCGAGAUGCUUACCCAGUGGGAGGACUGUAUGGUCUCCUGGAACUUCUCGACCUUUGCCUUAGAUGAAGUGUCUAUGAACAGAGUCACAGAGAAGACUCACAGAGUCCUGAGGGUCAUUGAGAUCAAAAGGUCUUUAUCCUCACUCCCUUCAUAUUGGAAAUGGCUUCAAAAUAUCAAGUUUCCUGAGUACACCAGGGAAGCUCUCUGCAGUCCCACCUGUUGGGGCAGCACCACCCUGUACAACUGCUCCACCUGCGAGAGCUUCGAGGUGCUCUGCUGGCCCCAAAAGCGCUGCUUCCCAGGAAGUCAUGAUCUUUGGGAAGCCAGGAUUCUGCUCCUCUCUGUCUCUGGAACUAUCCUGUUACUGGGCGUCCUGAGCCUUGUGCUGGAGUUCCAUCGCCUUGAAAUAAAAAGUGACUUACAAAGAGGAAGAUACUAA